GAAAGAGGAAACUUGUAAAGCUGGAAAUUUCAUACACCUAAGUAGAUUUAGGGCUUUUAGCUCGGCCCAACACCUCUUAGUUUGCUGGGUUGGGGUUUCUGGCCCACUCAGCCCAGCCCUAGACAGACAAUGGGCCUUUCCGGGCUUGGGGACUCAAGGGCUUUUCUGUAGCCCCGCGUCGUUUGGUGCACUGCAAUACGGUAUAAACAAAUCGAAGCUUUUAAAAACAUUGAAGAGGGGUGAGAACAACAUUAUUGUAGUCUUUGUUGUGUGGUUCGAAGUUUGGUUUUUUAUGUUGAGGACCCAAGUUCAGAUCCAGACUCCAUUUUUUUUUCUACUUAUUUUUAUUGAAGGCUCGGCCCGCCAGACUUGGCACAGGAGCCCGGCCCUUAUAUGUGCCAAAAAAGGCCCAAUAGCAAAAGUUAUGGGCUAGGCCUAUCAUCUUAUUUUAUUACUACUCCUGAUGUGCCAUGUAAAAAACAAGAAUUCAAGUCCAUUCCUUCAUCUCCAAGAAAUGGCGUGGGCCACGUGUAGCAAAAUAGUGGCUUAGAACAAGCCCUGGAUGGGCCACGUCAUCAUAAUUCGUGUGUAUCCACUUUGGGAAUAUGCAAUAACAAGUAGCCUUAAAUACCACCAAAUCUUAAUUUGGAAAAUGAUGCCUUCGUCCCCAAGACUAGGGCCGAACGCAUAACCGGCAAUACACAUAAAGUCAUAAACCCUUGAACAGAGGACGUUUGAAUACUAAAACCAGCGUAGGGACAGAAGAAAUAGUGACUGGGAGGCAAGAAAACAAGCUACAAGCAUGACGAUUGUUGAUCGGGAUGCAAGGUCGAGGAAACGUAGUGGGUGUGAAUCAGUGGAGGACACACUUGAAAAGUGGAAAAGGCAUAGUGAACAGCCUGAAUGUGCAAAGGAAGGAGUCAUAAUGACCUGUAAGGCUCCAGCAAAGGGUUCGAGAAGGGGGUGUAUGCGUGGAAAAGGAGGUCCAGAAAACUUGAUCUGCAAAUACAGAGGAGUUAGACAGAGGAUAUGGGGCAAAUGGGUUGCUGAAAUCCGUCAACCCAUGAAUAGAAGCAAAUUGGCCAGGACUAGUAAUCGGCUAUGGCUCGGUACUUUCUCUACAGCUAUUGAGGCAGCCCAUGCUUAUGAUGAGGCUGCAAGGGCUAUCCAUGGUCCUUGUGCAAGGGUUAACUUCCCUGAGUCUUCUACAACAAGGAAGUUACCUAACGAUGCACCAGCUUCAAGAACAACUGAAAGAUCAUCUACUGGAUCUAUGAGGGUAACAAGAAGUUGUGAAGCUGGCAGUGGUGAGGAAUCGAAGACGAUUCAAAUAUUAUCUAAGGAAAAACCUGAUGAGUUGAGUCCUCGAGUAUCUGAGGAAUUAAAUUCAAAACACUCUUCAAAAGAUUGUCUAGGAAAUGUAUCAGAGGAAAAGAUGCCGGAGAGCGCUGCAGGAGAUGGAAAAGAUGUGGAACAUGACUUACAAACUGAUCGUGAAUUUGCUGAUGUUGAGGUUGAGACAUCUAUACUAAAGGAAGAAAUAGAUCCAGAACUGCAAGAAAUUAUGAGGUUAAGAAGUUAUUGUGGCUUUGAAAAUAGACAAGAUUUCCUGCAUAAUGAGCCGAAAAAGAUCAAAAGAAAUGUUCAUAUAUCUUCCAAAGAUGUUGAAGUUCAGAGGCUUUUAAAGAGGGAAGAAAUUGAAGUUAAAUUUAGAAGAGCUGUGGAAUCCAGUGGCCAAGACAAUUUAAACAAUAGAUACAAUCAAUUGCAUGAUGAUUUCAUGGAUUCAAGUACUGACAAACUUUCUACUCAAGUUGGGAUGCAUGUAGUGAAUAAGUUAUUGCAAGGAGAAUGCACAGGAGUUAUGGAAUCCACAAACAGUAACAUCUUCAACACUGGUUAUGAUGGCAUGCACAAUGCAGACAAAGUUGUGCACUAUAAUUCAAAAAUGGAUUGCGUACCUUCUAAUCAUGCUGAAGCAGGGAGGCCAGCUACGUGGAGAAAUGAAGUCGGUGAGCCUUCUGAAAACAUAGACCACAGUAGCCAUAGUUGUUUCAAGGACAGAUAUGAUCACUUGCAUGAUGCUCCAGUACGUAUAUCUAGUUAUGUCCCUUCCAAAGAUGUUGAAUUUGAGAUGGCCAUAAUGGGAGAGGAACAGCAAAGGAAACCUGCUAAGAGAAGAAAUUAUAGUGGCUAUAACAAUCCCAGUGACGAUUUUGUUCACUUGCACAGUUCAUCCAAUGGUGAAGCAGUUGGUGGGAAGCAUUUGGGGGCAAUGAGCAUUCUUGAUACAGCAUCAAGGCGCAACGAUAAGUAUAACUCUGAUCAAUUCAAUAUGACUCCUACAAGUUACCCGCAGACUGGAGGGCCAUAUGAUAUCUUUAACCAUUUGCAAAACCCAGAGGCCACGAUAGAAGGUAGCAUAAAUCAAAUGGAAAGAAAAAACUCAGGCUUGGAUGACAAUUUCAUUCCCUGUAAGUCUUAUUUUGAUUUGGAUUUUGAUGAAGAGCAAGCAUCAUUUUAUUCAUUGUUUCCCGAUUUGGGAUUCUAAAUAUCUCUGGUGGCUCAUUGGUGGCAGUGGAGUGGUGGUAUUUUAGAAACUUCCAACUAAUGGAAUCUUAGAAUUUCAGACAACAUACUUCAGUUUUUGCAGUAUAGUUUCUAAUACUUUUUGCUAAGGUCUAGGAAAACAUUACAGAUUUACAGUAAGUUGUGGGUCAUACUUGAUUGCUAUGAUGUAGUCUUUAAUACAAAGUUGAGUUGGUUUUCUCCUGA